UUUAAUUUCCCUCUUUUUAUUUGGCAGGACGGCUCUGCACCGUCACUGUCAAUAUGUGUGCGUGUGAACCAGAAGCCUGCACUCUGCUAAGAGCCCUGGUGGGAGAAUCCAUAUCCCAGUUUAGGCAUUACCACUUUCAACAACGAAGUUUGGUAGAUGUUUGCCCACAGUUAGAUGAUGGGACCACAUGCCCAGCAUGUCCAAAGGCGGAUGGAGAUAUGAUAGUGACAUUGGAUGCCAACUUUGGCCUUGUGAGGAAGCAAAGCUCAGGGACAAGUGUGGUUGAGCCAUUUCAUGGAACCCGCAUGUUUGUUGAUGAAAAGGAUGUAGAGGAAUACCUUCUUUCACAUCUUGACAGCUCAAAGCCUAACGAGGACUGCAGUAACUUCAAGGCUGGCAACGUUCUGAGGUCCCAGCAACAAGCAAAGAAACUUGUUGUUACAGGAGUGUUUGGAGCUUCCUGUCGUCAUGAAAUGCCGCUAAUGUUUGUCAACAUGAGCCAACGAGAAAGAUUAGCCUAUCCUCUGUACGUCAUUGAUGAGCUUCUUCGAAGAUGUGAGAACAAGAACAUACACCUCAGAGUAGUCUAUGACAUUGCCUGUGUUGUUGCCUCACAUUUGCGUAAAUCAGGGGAGGGCAUACCACACAACAUCUCCUUGGCUGUACCAGCGUUUCACAUUUAUGGACACAAAUUGCCCUGCCAGGCAGUUGGUCGCUGUAACAGGCGGCUUGAAGGGUUUGGGCUCACAGAUGGGGAAGGAAUGGAAAGGCUGUGGUCUUUCCUCCGAAGAUUUGCCAGAGUCACAAAGGAGAUGACUCCAUCUCACCGCCUUGACCUGCUGACUGAUGCCCUUUUACAUUAUGGACGGAGGAAAUCAACUGACCUGGAGGUGCAGCUCCUGCAAAGAUUAGACAGAGCAGAGAAAAUAUCAAUUCUCGCUCAAGAAGACCUCUCAUCUGUCAUCAGAGAGGCACCAGUGUUGGUUUCUGAGCGAGACGUGGAGAGGUGGAAGAAAAGGGAGAUGGAACUAGCCCAACAGAAACAGAAACCGAUAAACACUGUCUGUAGAUGGAAAAGAGACUACAUCAUCAAGCUGAUGAAGUUCUACAAGUUCAAGUAA